GCGGCGCGCAGGAGGGAGGCUCCGGGCCGCCGGCCAGGCCGAGCUGGGUGAGUGGGGCCGGCCGAGCGCGGGUGCGAGCGGGGGGCGGCCCGGCCGAGUCCCGGGAGCGGGGCGGAGGAUGGACGCGGCGUCCCGGGGCGCUGCCUUUCCCGAGCUCGGCCGGCGACAGUGUCCCCCGCCCUGUCCCGUCCCCGCCGCGGACCCCAGCGCGCGCGCGGGGUCCCCGGGCCGCCGUUCUCCGGCUCGCACCCCGGGCACGGGAACGCUGCUUUCUGACCUCGCCCCCCACCCCCCGCUCCAGCUCGGCCGCCCUCGGUGUGGGUUUUGGGGUUUUGUGUUUUUCUGAAAUCUGAUGCUCCCGGGCACGGUGUCAAGGAGGAGGGAAGAAGCACCCUGCCUCCGGGCCGGCGCCGGUCCUGCGCACGCCCCGGAGAAGGCCACCCGGCCCUGUGUCCUUGGGCCACCCGUCCCCAUCGGAUGGCCUUUGUGUGUCCUGGAGCACUCCUGCAAGAACUUCCUACUGCGGGUGCCCUCCUCGCCACCACCCCCGAGUCCGGGAGGCUAGGGGAAAUAGAGAAAACCCUGGAACCCCCGCUGCCAGUCCCAAUUUGGGUUUGUAGCAGAAAUGCUCUCAGAACAGACAGCGGCCCUGGGCACAGGAUGGGAGUCCAUGAACAUCCAGCUGGAUGGAGCAGAGCCCCACAUGCAAAGGAGAAGCCAGGAAGAGGUGCCGUGGAGAGCAAUGCCAGGGCCGCUGGAGCACCUGUGCUGUGACCUUGGAGAGGAGUCACAGGCUCUUCAAGAGAAAGCUCAGUCAGCUCCCUGGGUUCCUGCUGUUCCCCAGGAGGCGGGGGCUGGAGACUGGGAAAUGGCAGCCGCGCUUCUUGCAGCAGGAUCACAGGGCCUGGUAACCAUCAAGGAUGUGUCAUUGUGCUUCUCUCAGGAAGAGUGGCGAAGUCUGGAUCCUUCCCAGACAGACUUCUAUGGAGAAUAUGUUAUGCAGGAAAACUGCGGGAUAGUGGUCUCCCUAAGAUUUCCAAUUCCCAAACUGGACAUGCUUUCUCAGCUAGAAGGAGGAGAAGAACAGUGGGUCCCUGACCCCCAGGACUUGGAGGAAAGGGACAUCCUGAGAGUCACAUACACAGGAAAUGGAAGUGAACAUGAGGGCGACACCCCUGAACUAGAAGCAGAACCUCCCAGAAUGUUGUCUAGUGUGUCUGAAGAUACUGUUUUCUGGAACCCAGAGCAGGAGGAGAGCUGGGGUCCCAUGCCCAGAAACCCCAGGGGCAUGCUCUUGGGCCCACCUUUUCUUCAGGAAGAGAAUUUCUCCAAUCUCCUGUGUGGCGCGGAGAUGGAUUCCCUGCUGAGACCGCACACGUGCCCCCAGUGUGGGAAGCAGUUCGUGUGGGGCUCCCACCUGGCCAGGCACCAGCAGACACACACGGGAGAGCGGCCCUACAGCUGCCUCAAAUGUGAGAAGAGCUUCGGGCGGAGACAUCACCUGAUUCGGCACCAGAAAACCCACCUCCAUGAGAAGCCCAGCAGGUGCUCAGAGUGUGGCAAGAAUUUCCGCUGCAACUCCCAUCUGGCCAGCCACCAGAGAGUGCAUGCAGAAGGGAGGUCCUGCAAGGGCCAGGAAGACGAAGAGAGCCCUGGGGCUCGGAAGCGGCAGCGGGCACCUCCAGUGCCAAAGUGUCACGUGUGCACUGAGUGCGGGAAGAGCUUUGGCCGGCGGCACCACCUGGUGAGACACUGGCUGACACAUACUGGGGAGAAGCCCUUCCAGUGUCCUCGCUGUGAGAAGAGCUUCGGCCGCAAACAUCACCUGGACAGGCACCUGCUGACCCACCAGGGACAGAGUCCUCGGAGCAGCUGGGACAGAGGGGCGUCCACCUUCUGAAGGCUCUUCUGCUGCAGCUGUCGUCGCAUCCAUCAGCUGGUGCUGCCAGGAGUUUCUCACAGAGUUGCCAGUCUCCGCAUGAGCCAGUCUCACGAACGCUGGCCCCGUCCUAGAAAGAUGAGGUUCCAGCGUGGGCUAGUGCGUUUCUCACCACUUCUGUGAGAUGCCACCUAAAGUAGAGUUUCAGGCAAAACUUUUGGGGAACAGUGCAUACUUCACGGGCUUUUCUUUAGCCCAGCUCAGUUUUCAAGAGGGACACAGAGAUAGUGGCUUGUGGCCAAGGGCUGUUUUGAUUGGCUGGAGCCUAGGCCAUACUGUUAUAUUCUCUCUUUCUGCAGAGAGAUAAAAAUACCAUAGUCAAUAUGUUCAAGGCUCUAAACACUUACACAGUAAAGCAAAUUGUCGAGCCUCUUCUAUGCAGUGUUUCCUAAACAUACUUGCCUCAGUAUCCUUCCUAUCUCACAUCCAGCAGAACUGGUCAUGAUAUGAACCAUUCUGUGAACACUGGGUUAGAGAGUAAUGAGGAAGCGGGAAAGAGGUCAUGUUUAGGCACUCAGCACCCAGAGACACCCCCCUUUUGUAAAAUUCAGAUGAAAGCUGUGGGGCAGGCCUCAUUCCUGUGUGGGUGCAUCAUUGUUACCCCAGUCAUCCAUAUAUACACUUUUCACUCCCACCUGCUGCAGAGUAGAAACAGUAACCCUUUUGCCUAUCACCCAUACUCCCUUCAUCCUGCACAUACAUAUAUCCAGCUAAAAGAUCACGGUUCAACACUAAGAGAUAUACUUUAUACAUACAUGACCCUAAGUAACUUAAGUCCACGCAGAAGAUAAAACUUGAUUCCCUUGAGCAGACCCAUCUCUUAACUGUGUCUUUGUGUCGAUGUGUAUCUGUGUGCAGGGUCUUUGAAGAGAGCAUGCAAAGUGCAAACUGUGAAAGCUAGAUUUUCUAGGGGCUGUUCUGGGGAUGAGGGUUGUGGGGAUUGUAUGGGGCUUUUUGUUUGUUUUGUUCCAAGAUAGAAGAUGAGCUGAGUGAUUAAGGGAGCCUAGUAGGAAACGUUAAGUGAUGAAUUAAGUUGUGGAAAUUGAGGUAUAAAACUUUCUCCAGUGUUGCUGAGAGUAACAGAUUAAUAUAAAUAUAUGUAUUAUGUAAUACACACACGUGUGUGUGUGUGUAUAUGUGUGUGUAUGUGUGUGUAUAAACACACAAUUUUCUAGGUGAACCUCUGGACCACAGAUUACACAGAUUCUUUUUGCCUGGGAGGAAAAAGAAACUUCUUGAGGUGACCUGAUUCUUGUUCAUUUGAAGCAAGGUUCAUAUAGAAGCUCUGAGCUAAGUGAGAUUUUUAGGUGGUUAUAAGUCGUAAAUCAAGGCAGGAAUCUCAGUGCUUGCAGGUUAUAAUCACUUUUGUUUGGCCAUCAAGGGGUAAGGUGUUAUGAAGGAUUUCAUUGUUACAGAAAUAACACUUUUAUGGAAGUGACUGUGGUUUAGCUUUUCAGCUGAUAUAGAGGAAUAUGCUUUCCAGUUGGUUUCUUCCCAGUUCUGGGACGGUGUUCUCAUGAAGAGUCUUAACUCCAGAGUUUACAUAAGUAUUCUGGCAUCUGUUGAUGAGCAAGCUGUUCGUAGCUGUUUCUAUUGACUUGUUAAUACCAAUCUUAUAAUUUGAAAAUUACUUUUAAGAGCAGUUGGGGGCUAGGCAGGAAGAAGAGCAAAAAGAAUGGGCUGUUUUCCUCUUUUAUGCUUAAACUCAGAUUUUUUUCCCUUACACACUUCUCAACUACAUUUGGGAAAAGUUAUGAGAGACAAAAGAAGUGAAUUGCACCAAUCCAUUUUAGUGACUAUUUUGUUUGCUUGCAAAAAAACAUGUUGAAUCACACAGUUUAUUUGAGUCCAGGCCCAGAAGGGGCUAAAACUGUAGUUGUUUUGCUGAUAUGGCUUCAUAGUGAGUGUGAACUCAGCAACCCAAAUCCCAACUUCCUCUUGCGGUUCAAAGCAGCCUUCUUCUUUGCCUGGGAUGCACAUCUCUUCUUACAUCCCAAUGAAUAGAGCAAAAUGAGCAGCCCUUUGUAAGGCCUUGUCCGAGAUCUCAGAAACAGGAGCUCAGUGUUAUCAUGUACUUGUACGGUAUUGACUUCCAGUGGUAAGAUCAUGCCAUUGCUUUUGCCCUCCCUGUAUACCUAGUUCAUGAGUGUAAAUCAGCUUUGCAAAACAAUGGUCUGUAGUUACAGAUCCUUUUGAGAAUCUAAUUAACAUCAGAAGCUCACUUAGGAGAAGAAUAGACAUUAGCAAUUCACCCAGUUUUGCAUACACAUUUAGCAGACUCUGUGCCCAUCCAUGGAUUCACUAAAGUGAGGUCAAAAAGGGGGAUCUGCAAUAAUCCAAUGUCAUUAUAAUAUAUUUUUGUCAAGAAUUACAAAGUAAAGAUAGCUAAAUAUUUUAAAGACAAAUAGAGGCAGUAGAGUAUAAGGAUCUGGUCUUUAAUGGCUAGAAAGGUAAGGCUUGCAUUCUACUCUGUUUUUCAGGGAAAGAUAAGAUGCUAACAAGUUCAGCUUGUCACAAACAUGAGAAUGGCCUUUCCUUCCUAUCAUGUCACAACUUUAAAAUCACAUUAACCUUGAGCCUUUGCUCUGUUUUAGUAACUGCCAGGCUAGAAUUGAAGCCUCCACAGUGCAGGUGCAAUCAAGAAGCACCUAAGAAGGCAUCGUGAACCUUCUGUAAAAUGGGGCAACCCUUUUCUUCACUUCUAGUGUUCUACUGUUUCCUCUACCUCGGUCCAAUACUACUUCCCUUGGACAAAAAUUAAAACAAGAAAUAGCCAUCUGUGGGUGAAUUUUAGUGUUGGAUGGUUUCUCACAGGGAAUCUGCCUCAAAUGUCUCUUCUACAAACUUCCUUCUACAUGUCUACAUUAUCCUUUUUAAAUAAUAAUAAAUUUUUUUAAGUGUCAUUUUUCUGGGUAAAGUGGCAGAGAAGUCCAUUUUCAAUAACCCAUUAUCUUUUUCCUUCUGUAGUGCCUAGAUCCUCUUCUAGACUCAGAAUCCUUUACACUGGAGUUAACCCUAUUAGCUACUCCCAGGGAAAUUUAUAUUUUAAGCCUUAGCACUUUGAAGAUGAAAGGAAUGACUUCUUUUGCAAAAGUAAUAUGCCUUCAAGGAGUUAAAGGGAUGGUAAUUUAACAGAAAAAUCCCUUUUCCACCACUCCUGCAGUCAAACCACUUUCCUCUUCCCAUCAUGGGCAGAGUGAGCCUUCGCAAGAUUGGUUCUUUCCUUGUCUGUUCAAAGGAGUACAGCAGCUAAGGUUAAAGGGGGCUGGCAGGAAUAAGACAAAUCUUCCAUCAGACUUAAGAGAUCCUGAGCUGACAAAAUUCCCUUUUGUUUCUUGAAAUGCUAUACCUGGCCUCAGAUCUCAGCUGUGAUCUUUGAGGCAGCAGCAAUAUCACCUGGGAAUUUGCAUUAAAAAGGCAAAUUCUCAGACCCCAGACCCAAGAAACAAAUUCACAACUUUUUUUCUUUUUGGGUCACACCCAGCGAUGCAUAGGGGUUAUUCCUGGCUCAUGCACUCAGGAAUGACUCCUGGCGGUGCUCUGGGGACCAUAUGGGAUGCUGGGAAUUGAAUCCAGGUCAACUGCCUGCAAGACAAACGCCCUCCCCACUGUGCUAUUGCUCCAGCCCCAAAUUCACAACUUUUUAGAUUCUUCUCAAUAACUAAUGAGAUUCAACUCCUAUUUCAGUCACGUUACUCUCUCUUUAAAUGGGGAGAAUCCAUCCUAUGUAGAAGUUGUAAUUAAGCUUUGAUGCCUGUUAAAAAUAUACUUUGAAGAUACUGUCCAAUUUAGUAUUCAAAAAGGGCUCUGUCUUGCACGCCUUAACCUACACCCCAGUUUCUCUCUGGCAUAACCACAAGGACAGUUAAACUAAAGCUACAAGCCUCCCACCCUUGUAGAGCUUUCUGGAGUCAGGUGAGAAUAGACUCUUCAAGGAAGAUGAUGAGCCCCUAUCCUCCAAGGCAGAAGAGCUUAGCUAGAACUUCUACCCCAGACCUCAAGCUCUCCCUCUUUCAUGUAACCAGCUCUGUUUUCCAUUCUGAGCAGCCACUUUCAGUGGGCUGGUUUGAUUUGGUAUUUUGUUUUCCCUGGGGAAUUUCCCAAAGGUAUUUAUUCUUCCCAGGCCCUACCUUUCUCUUUACACCAAACCUCCAAGCUGUUGUCUGACUUAACUAAAUGGCUUGUGAACUUCCUUCAGAUUACUUGAUCCUUUGUACCACCCUUCUGGAUCUGUGACAUACUCUUUGUGGCCCCUGUCAUUUAAAUAAAACAAUGUGACCAA